AUUCUCAUCUUCGAAAAAUGGCGUCGCAUAUGUGGCAGCCAAUUGUUCUCGUCGUGGCCUUGUGCCUAUGCACAGGGUUUGCAGAAGCCGACCGUAGGACAUUAGUGCUUGUGGACGACCUAAAUGUAACGUAUACCCAUUCUAUUUUCUUCAAUUCACUUAGAGAUCGAGGAUUUGAGCUCGAAUUCCUUCCUGCUGAUAGUCCUGGCUUGUCACUCGCAAGAUAUGGAGAGUUUCUCUACGAGAACUUGAUCAUUUUCUCACCUGCAGUCACAGAGUUUGGUGGUAGCGUUGAUAUCAGUGCCAUCACCAACUUCAUCGACAAUGGUGGCAAUGUGCUCGUUGCUGGUAGCCCAUCCCUUGACGAUCCACUCCGGAACCUUGCUACCGAGUGCGGUCUCGAGUUUGAUGAGGAGAACACAAAUGUGAUUGAUCAUGUCAACUUUGACUCUGCUGACACCGGACGGCAUACACGUGUCCUGGUGCCUUCCAAGAACAUUGUUGACAGCUCUCUGAUCGCUGGAAAGCGCAGUGACAAGCCCCUUCUGUACCAGGGAAUCGGCAUGGUACUUGACCCAGACAACAGCCUCAUCACAUCCAUCGUUACUGGCAGCUCAACCACAUACUCACAUGAUGCUUCCGAGUCCAUCACUGAGUAUCCCCAUGCUGUAGGCAAGAGCACUGUCCUGGUUGCCGCCCUCCAGGGCUUCAACAACGCCCGUGUUGUAUUCACAGGCUCCCUGGAUAUGUUCAGUGACGAGUUCCUGUCAUCUCCAGUGCAGCAGGGUAUUGCCGGUGGCCGUCAGUUUGAGAGUGCUGCCAAUGCCGAGUUCAUCAACUCGUUGUCCAAGUGGGUGUUCAAGGAGAAUGGUGUACUGCGUUACUCCAAUGUCCAGCACCACCAUGUGGGUGAAUCCAGCCCUGCCACAUACUACACCGUCUCCGACAACGUGGAGUACAGCAUCCGCAUUGAGGAGCUCGUCAACGGUCAGUGGCAGCCAUUCCGUGCCAGCGGUGUUCAGCUGGAGUUCCAGUGCAUCGACCCCUUCAUCCGUGCCCCGCUGAAGGGAAACAAAGAUGGUGUAUUCUCCACCAAGAUUCAGCUUCCUGACCAGUAUGGAGUUUUCAAGUUCUUGGUUGACUUCCGCAGCCUCGGCUACACUUUCCUUGUCAGCUCCACCCAGAUCACUGUGCGACCACUCACCCAUCUGAUGUACGAAAGGUUUAUAAUGUGUGCGUAUCCUUACUACGCUAGCUGCUUCUCCAUGAUGGUCGGUCUGGUGAUCUUCUCUGCAGUCUAUCUUUUCCAUCGUGAACCCAAGAGCAAAGCAGAGUGAAAUAAUUGCCAGUGCAACAUUCUCAAAUGAUCUUUUUUCUAAGCUAGUUCUUUCGCUGUCUUCAAGGAUUAUCAGACAGUGCAAGAUCCUCCAUAUGUUAUGUUUUAUUGAUUUCAUGGUAAUAGGUGUGUAUGCACAUAACUAACCAACCUUGUAAAUGUAGACGGACUAAAUGAAGUUCCUCCGUG